AAAAACAAGCGAGGAGGACUGGAGGUGGAGUCGUGUUCACAGGGAGGAAAACCCAGCAGAAGAGCAGGGGGGAAAAAGAGAAACACCACCAGACACAAUAACAUCGGGGGGAGGACGGUGGAUUAACUGUGCCAACUGAGGCAAUUCAAAUUAAGAGAAGCGCCGCUUUGAAGAAGGGAGGACAAGAUGAUAACGCCCUAUUUCCUGGAAAAUUUCUGGGGCGAUAAAAACAAUGGAUUUGAUGUACUCUACCACAACAUGAAACAUGGCCAGAUCUCCAGCAAAGAGCUAUCAGACUUCAUCAGAGAAAGAGCCACCAUAGAGGAGGCGUAUUCAAGAUCAAUGACCAAACUGGCCAAGACUGCCAGCAACUGCUCUCAGCUAGGGACGUUUGCGCCGGUGUGGGAUGUGUUUAAACAGUCCACCGAAAAACUGGCAGCGUGUCACAUGGAGCUUGUCCGCAAACUUCAAGAGCUCAUCAAGGAAGUCCAGAAAUAUGUGGAGGAACAAGCCAAAAAUCAUAAGAAGACAAAGGAGGAGGUGGCGUCCACGCUGGAGUCUGUGCAGAAUAUUCAGAGUGUGUCACAGGCCUUACAGAAGAGCAAAGAGAACUAUGCCAACAAGACACUAGAGCAAGAACGCAUGCGCAAAGAGGGGGCCACACAGAGAGACCUGGACAAGGCUGGACUGAAGGUCAAGAAAGCCACAGAGACCUACAAGUCAUAUGUGGAGAAAUAUGCCAAUGCAAAGACAGAAUUUGAGCAGAGAAUGACAGAGACCGCACAGAAAUUCCAGGGCAUUGAAGAGGAACAUGUACUGCGUAUGCAGGAGAUUAUCCAUUCAUACUGUCAGUCUGUGGAAGAGACACACAUACAGAUAGGAGAGGUCCAAGAAGAGUUUGUGAAAAACAUGGAGAACACUUCCGUUGAGAGCCUCAUACAGAAACUGGCAGAAAGCAAAGGAACAGGCAAAGAGAGACCAGGGCCCAUUGAAUUUGAGGAAUGUAAUGUCUCAAUCGCCACAGAAGGUGCAAAACCCAGAAAAAGGAAAACCUUUGCAAUACCAGGCCGACGGAGAGAUAAAGACACAGAUUCCACUGAAUCGGCUGAAGUAGAAGCAGUUAACGCUUCCAACGGCGCUCCCCCCGGUUUCUACGGUGCUAUAGAUCUUCAUAACGCCAAUGUGCCUCAGCUGGACGAGGAGGGCUUCUGUAUCCGACCAGAAGUCAACGAGAAUGAUGCCAAAGAGAACUCCUUUUAUUCAUCCAGUGACUCAGAAGAUGAGGACGAGCCAAGAAAAUUCCACGUCCAGAUCAAACCCGUGCAGACGAAUAACGGCACACACCAGCACAAAGCCAACAUCGACGAGCUGAAGGCCUCCAUUGGAAACAUCAUGCUCUCGCCCACCCCUGCCGUUCAUAUGAAGAAGAACCAAUCCAGAAUGACACGACAACAAACAUUCCCUGCUAUAAAACCAAAGUCAGGUGAUGAACUGGUCCGACCCCAGGUACCGCAGACAUCCUUUAAUGAUAGAUUAGCCAAUAAUAACCUGCUGUCUUUGGAUCCAUUUGUCCCGACCAGCACCAGCUCCAGCUCCAGCUCCUCUGUACCCCACUCAUCAGACCUGGCUUCUCUCUUCUUAGCAUCUUUCCCUCCAUCUCUCCCACUACAGUUAAAUGAUGAGGUCUUUGAAGACCCAGAAGUGGAUUUACAGUCGGAGCCCACCUCUCCUUCAGCAGUCAGUCUUGAGAUUACAGAGGCUCCUGCUUUUCCCCUUCCCUCUAAACUCCCUCCUCCUGCCGGUCUUGCCAAGCCGUGCACUCCGCCGUUCCCUGUUCUCUCCUCUCCUCUGGAGCUCCCUGAUGAGGCUGUCGCUCCCCUCGCCCCUGGCCCAGCUCGAGCUAUGAGUGUGCCUCCAGCUCUGCAGGCUGCUCCUAAGGACUAUGCUACCCACAAGCCCCCUCUCAGUGCUCCUGUCACUGGUCCAGAUGCACUUUCGUCCUGGGCCCAGAGCCAGUGGAUUGCCUUUAAUGAUGCCUUUGUGCCAUGUCGUGGACUGUCCCAUCAACCAGCAAGGCCUCGGUCAGUGCCCGUUUCUCACCAGCCCAAGCUUUUCUCCAGAGAGCUUGUUGACACAUUUGGCAGCUUUGGGAGAGAGGAGAGUGCCCCCUCUCUAAAGGAAGCACCAGCUCGACCCAUGCAGGAUGUACCUCCAAACAGGCCAACCACUCCCCUGGGCACAGCAACCAUUGUCCCGCCUCCAAGACCAUUAUCUCGGCCCAAACUGCCUGCAAGCAAACUGACGGGCAUCAAUGAGGCUGGCCGACCAUUCAGCCCUCCCAAGAUGACCAACUCCAGCCCUCCUCCCGCUGCUCCUCUGGCUCGUGCCGAGAGCUCCUCCUCUCUCAGCUCCAACACCUCCUUGAGUGCCAGCAACACACCAACUGUCGGGACCUCUCGUGGGCCCAGUCCAGUGACACUGGCUUCCCAGGAUGCAUUGCCCAUUGCAGUAGCAUUCACAGAAUCAGUUAAUGCCUAUUUCAAAGGAGCAGAUCCCAGCAAGUGUAUUGUGAAGAUCACAGGAGACAUGACCCUGUCCUUCCCCAGCGGCAUCAUCAAGAUUUUCACCUCUACUCCGUCUCCUGCUGUACUCAGCUUCAAACUCUCAAACACGAGCAGAUUAGAGCAAAUCAUGCCCAACCAGCAGUUACUGCACAGUGACUCCUCCCAGACCGAGACAAACACUAAAGACUUUUGGCUGAACAUGCCUGCACUGACAGCGUACCUCAGGAAGAUCUCUGAGCAGAACCCUACUGCAUCCUAUUACAACGUGGACAUCUUAAAAUACCAGGUAUGUUCAAAUGGGAUUCAGUCAAGUCCUCUGAACCUUGUGGUGUACUGGAAAUGCACUCCUAGUACUACAGACCUGCGAGUGGACUACCGAUACAACCCAGAGUGCAUGCAGUCCCCCGCAGCUCUCACCAAUGUACAGGUGUUAGUGCCCGUCAAUGGUGGCGUCACAAACAUGCAGUCACUUCCCAAUGCCAUCUGGAACGCAGAACAGAGUAAGUCACUAUGGAAAUUGAGUGAUAUCUCUGACAAGUCUGAAAAUGAAGGCUCUGGUUCUUUGAGAGCAAAGUUUGAGCUGUCUGAUGGCCCCUCCAUCCCUGCCACCCUGGCUGUUCAGUUCUUCAGUGAAGGAAGCACUCUGUCUGGUGUAGAUAUGGAACUGGUCGGCUCUGGUUACCGUCUCUCCCUCAAUAAGAAGAGAUUUGCCACUGGCCGCUAUAUGGCUGACUGCUGAGAUCUGAGCAGAGGCCUGUCCGCUCUCAAAUGCAGGAAAAAUCUGGAGGUUGAUUUCUGUUCAUUCAUUAAUUCUGUCACUGGUUCGCAAUGAUAUUUAUGGAGGAUCGUUAGGGGGGAUGGAAAAAGAGAGCAGUCUGGGUGAAGGCCUCUCAUGCUUCUGUUUCCUCUCCACACUCUGAACGAUCCAGUUCCAGUGAAGCACCUUCUGGAGGUUCAAGAUUUUUAUACUAUAUUAACGUAGCACUGAAUAUCAAACACUGUGUACAAAGAAAAAUAAAAAAAAAGAAAAGAAAAAAUUAGGAAUGGCAGGAUAUUGGCGAAUGAAAUCAUUCAUCUUUGAUACUUUUCGAUCAAUUCAGACUUUUAUAAAGUCAGAACGGUAGUGUUUGUUAUAUUUUGAUAUGUAUAGUUAACAAUUUGUAAUAUGAAUUAUGUGUAUAAUACAACAUAUCUUGGCAAAAAAAGGACAAAAAAAAAACUGCACUAACAAUCUUUCUGGAUAUUUGUUGAGCAUUCAUUUCUCCUCUUGUAUUCCCCCUAAUGUCAGUCACAAUGACAAUGAAGAGAACAAAAGGUGGAAAAAAAGGAGAGACACGAGAAAAGCCUCAGCAAUAGAUCACUUCAUUCUCAAGAAAGCCUUACUUCUCGUCUGUGGUCUUUUCCAUAAACCAAGCAUUGCACAUAAG